AUGUCCCCCCAGCCCGCGCCGCCACAAGCUGCGCGCCCGCCGCCCGCUCCCCCGCCGCUGAAGGCCCCGCUCCGCUUCGUGCUCGCCCUCGCUGGCCUGUGUGCCGCCUCGCGACCACCAGAAGGCGUGGCCUGGUCGCGGGCCGACGCGGACGCGUUCCUCGACGCGCUGCUCGCCCAGCUCGACCUGGUGCGCGACGUGCUCCCGCCCGACGUGGUGCCCUCGGACGUCGCUUUCGCCGCCGAGGGCCACCAGGCGUGGACGCCCGAGGACCGGGACGCGCUCGCGCGGACCCUUGUCCAGGCGUGCCUCGCCCCCCGAGCAGGCGGGGACAAGGACAAGCCCAAGGUCGUGUACACUGCCGCUGCGCGCGCCGCGUCGCACCUCGCGCUCAGCCUGCUCGGCCUCGACGCCGGCGUGCUCCUCCCCCGCGCGGAGAAGGACGUCGGCGCCACCCUCGCUGCCGCGCUCGAGGACGCACAUACCGACCAGGCGGUGGACGCCGCGCGCGAGAAGCAGAAGCACGGGUGGGGCGGCAAGCUCGGCCGCGGGCUGGCCACCGGCGCAGGCGUCAUCGCUGGCGGCGUGCUCAUCGGCGUGACGGGCGGUCUGGCCGCCCCAGCGAUCAUCGCGGCCCUCGCGCCGCUCGGCUUCGGCGCCGUGUCUGCCGCCGUCGCCCCCUUUGUGCUGGGCACGCUGUUCGGCCUCACGGGCGGUGGGCUGGCCGGCGCGCGCGUCGCUGACCGCUGGCGCGGCGUCGAGGAGUUCAGCUUUGUCGAAGUUGGCGCCGGGACCAAGCCGAGCCCCGACGAGGUGGACGACUUGGCUACCGGCCGCGCGGCGGUGCUGUUUGAUGUCGACACGCUCGACUUUGAUGACGAGGUGGAGGAGAAGCCGCGGGCGCGGGCUGGAGGGGAGAAGAGCAACGACGGCGAUGACGACGACUCGGUCGAGGCUGCGGCCCGCCGAGAGGUCGAGCGCAGCCGCAAGGAGCUGUCUGGUCGCAUUGUCCAGGCGUCGAUUGACGCCGGGACCGACACCGAGGCCAAGGUGCCCACCCCGCCGCCGCCGAGCCUGACUGGCACGAUCGUCGUCCCCGGCCUGCUGACCGUCUCGCGCACCGAGGCGCUGACGUCGUGGCGGGCAAUCUGCUCGCCGCGCGGCUUCAUGCAGUACCGAGCGCGUCUCAAGGCCGAGCGCGAGGAGAAGGGCGAGAAGGUGUCAGACGACGAGCUGCAGCUCCAGCCCGCGGGGUUGAAGGACGGGCGCGACGUCUACCUCCUCCGCUUCGAGACCAAGACCAUGCUGGCCACUGGACGCGACAUCGAGUCGUGGGUCACGUCCAAAGUCGCCGGAAUCGCAGGCACAGAAGUCAUCAAGCGUACCGUCCUGUCAGCGUACUACGCUGCCAUCGCGCUCCCCCUCACCGUCUACAAGCUCAGCACGAUGACGCUCGACAACUCGUGGAUGUACGCGCAGGGCCGGGCAGUCAAGGCCGGCCGGCUGCUGGGCGAGGUGCUCGCGCAGCGGGUCCAGGGCGAGCGGCCCGUCGUCUUGAUCGGCACGUCCGUCGGCUCCCUCACAGUCCUCCACGCGCUGCUAUACCUCGCCUCGCUGCCCGACCCCAAGCCGGACAUUGUCGAGUCGGCAUACCUCGUCUCGCUGCCUUCGUCGCCAACGGCACAAGAGUGGGCGGCGGCGCGCUCGGUCGUCGCCCGGCGCCUCGUCAACGCAUGGUGCGGCAACGACUUUGUCCUCGCCGUCGUGGUGCGCCUGCACGAGGUCGUGUCCCGCGGCGUGACGGGCAACUCGGGCAUCUGCGUCGCUGGCCUCGGGCCCGUCGACGUGCGCGGCGUCGAGAACGUCAACCUCUCGGGCGUCAUCAACGGGCAUAAUGAGAUUAAUGCCAGGGCGGGCGAGAUACUCGAGGUGAUCCAGAUUGACCAGUAGGGCGACGGUGAUACCUGAGGCGUGUACCAUCCCAUAGACACUAGAUGCAUCCUGUAC